AUGAGUAGGCUACAGCUCCCGAUCGGACUGGCUUUUGCCAUAACGAUCAACAAAUCACAAUGUCAAACCUUGACAAAAAUUGGUUUACACUUCAAAACUCCAAUAUUUUCGCAUGGUCAGCUGUAUAUAGCUUUAUCACGAGUUCGUGCAGGCCCCCGUAGAAUUACAGUAUACAAGAGAAAACAAUCAAAUAUUGUUUACAACGAAGUAUUUAACUUCUAA